AUGAGAAUGUUUAAAAAAAUGCAGCAGGGGAAUUUGAAGUUAUACGACUCAACUCUAGCUACACUUUCAGUUUCUUUCAGCAGAGAACUACAGUUAGACUUAGCCGAGUCUUUGUUGAAUCAGAUUUCUGAUUGCUUGUAUCCACAUCCUUACAAUGCUUUGCUGGCAUCAUGUGAUGCACUGAAUCAACCUGAGUGGGCGGUGCGGGUGUUUGCAAAGAUGAGGCUGCAUAGUCAUUGUUCAUUGAAAAAUUUAGAUGCAAAUGAGAAUGUAGAGUAUGCAAAAAAUUUACUUGAAAGCUUACAGUGGAACACUUCUCUUCUCUUGCAGCUUACGGUAGAACUUACAGUAGAAACGAGGGAGAACAAAAAAGAGAGGAGGACAAAAAAUGCAGUAAGGAAAAAGAGAAGCUAUUGUAAAGAACAGAAACAACAGAAACAGAGAAAUUUUUACAGAAGAAAACAAGCUUGUUCACCACUGCCGACAUCGUUAAUCCACAAACACUGCGGAUUUGUUCAUUGUGCAACCGCCAAGCACGCAGCUUCCCGAGACACACCGCGACAAUCCUCCUUCGGAUCUGCCAUUCGCGAGCUCACGCCACCAUCAAACGAGUCUCAACCUUUCAUCGGCGAUUCAAUAACUGUGCAGGCAGCCGAAUUCCUUCAGCACACCCUCCGAUCUGAAUAUCCACCGCUAAGAGGUAGAAAUCAGAAGAUGGUGAGAAAGAGGCAAUCGACGGAAACUCUAUCGACUCACACACUCUGCCGCCUCAUUCCCGCCGGCGAUUUUUUCUCUCCGGCGCCAACCUUCACCGACGAACCGCCUCUACCGAAACCAAAGAUUAUUUAA